UAUAGAGUGUGUAUUUGACAGUAACCAGCAUCAACAAGGGAAUUGCCAGCUGAACGACUUUGUUGUAACUUCGCCGAAACUUCCAAGAUGAUGAGCACAUUUAAGAUUGUCGUUUUCCCCGGCGACAAUUGUGGUCCAGAGGUGAUGGACGAGGCAAUCAAGGUACUUAAGGUGUUCGAGAGUCAGAGAGACCCAAUCAAGUUCGAAUUUGACACGCAGCUACUGGGAGGCGCCUCCAUUGACACGACCGGAGUCCCUCUGACCGAUUCAGCCCUCGAGGCUGCUAAGAGUGCCGAUGCUGUUUUGCUGGGUGCAAUAGGUGGCCCUAAAUGGGGCACGGGACUAGUUCGACCGGAACAAGGCUUGCUCGGUCUCCGGAAGGGCAUGAAUGCGUUCGGGAAUCUUCGACCGUGCAAUUUUGCGGCGGAGUCGCUGCUCAACCUAUCGCCGUUGAAGCCAGAAAUUGCCCGUGGAACCGACUUCACCAUCCUUAGGGAACUCGUCGGGGGGAUGUACUUCGGCCCUGACCGCAAGGACCCGGACGAGGCCUUGAGCUCGGCUCAAGACGUCGAUUUCUAUUUGAGAGAGGAAAUCGAACGAGUGGCAAGGCUUGCUGGCUAUUUGUCCAAGCAGCAUCAUCCUCCACUCCCAGUGUGGAGUCUGGAUAAAGCAAACGUGCUUGCCGCUUGUGGGAGACUGUGGAGAAUGGUGGUCUCGGAGGUUUUCGAGAAAGAAUUCCCAGAUGUGCCUCUUGGCCAUCAUCUGAUUGAUUCUGCGGCAAUGCUCAUGAUUAAAAACCCAACUGCGUUGAAUGGCAUAGUUCUGACGAGCAACCUCUUCGGAGACAUCAUUUCAGACGAAGCGAGUGUCAUUCCGGGCAGCUUGGGGUUGCUGCCAAGUGCAAGCUUGUGCGACAUUCCCGGACCAGGCAAGACAGUCAGAGGAAUCUAUGAACCAAUUCAUGGCUCGGCCCCCGACAUUGCAGGAAAAGGCGUAGUCAACCCUGUUGGGACGAUACUUUCUGCGGCACUGAUGCUCCGGUACUCACUCGGCAGGGAAAAGGAAGCAGCGGCGAUAGAGAAAGCCGUUGAAGAAACCAUCAACUCAGGAGUACGCACUCGUGACAUAGGGGGUCGGGCGGGCACUGUGGAAUUCGGUGAUGCAGUGGUGCAAAACUUGAAAACUAGAUUGUCAUAG